CUGUCCUUUCCGUGACUGUUCCCGAUUGUUGGCAUCGGCCAUGACUGAUGUGGAUCCUUCAUCCCUGUUCCCCAUCAUCCACGGCUUCCUCACAGCGCAGGGAUUCACCAGAACGGCAAAAGUUCUGCGCAAGGAGCUCGGCGAGGUAAGCCAGAGGGCUUGUGUGCCCGAAUGCACCGAGUAUCUAGCGCUAGAUAGCCGUGGAGAUGGUGUUGCCUGCUCCUGUUGUGUCCACCUCAGGGCGUUGAACUCGGAACGGAAGAGGACUUGAUGGCCAUCUAUGCGGCGUACGUGGCGGCACAGCAGGCUGAGCCGAUGGUGAACGGCCACAUACCAGCGGAUCAGCCGAAGAAGAAGAAAAAGAAGAAGAGCAAGACCAUCGAAGGUCUGUCACAACGAUUGAUGAGUGACAUGACACACUCAGACACUCCUCCGUCUGUCUGUCUGUCUGUCUGUCGCCUGCCUGCCUGGCUGCAGCUGAGGACGAGGCACCGGUUGAGGAGCCUCCAGCAGCAUCGACCGAGAAGCCAAAGAAGAAGAAGAAGAAGCGACCAGCCGUCGAUCAGCCCGACGAAGUAACUGAGGAGCAGGAAGAGUCAGCUGAGCAGCCCGAAGUGAGCACGGUCAAGGUCAAGAAAGCCAAGAGGGCCAAGCUGGCGGCUGAGAGUGUCGAUAGCGCACCAACGGAGGAGCAAGAGACGAAUGACGUGGUCGACAAGGGGAGCAAGAAGAAAGCAGGUGUGUCAAGGGAGGGAGGGAGGGAGGGAGGGAGGGAGGAAGGGCCCUACCACAUGCACCACGUGUGUGUGCAGGUGGUGUGCCGUUCAAGCGCAUCGACGAGAGCAAGUUUGCGGACAAACUCCACGAGCCACUCAAAGACAACUCCUUCAUCGCAAAGGUACACCACAGACACCCGUCCUUCAGAGAGUGUCCCGGCUGCACACUGUCUGUCUGUCUGUCUGUGUCGUCAGGCCAAGUGGGGUCAGGGUGCUGGUGAUGUGUUCGCAGCCAAGGCAGCUGAAGACCUGGGAAAGGUAGGGACAGGACAGGUCAUCCCCCGGUCGUCAGGAGAUGAGACGAUAUACCCCCUCUGCGGUGCGGUGUGGCGGUGUGUCAGGUGCGUGGUAAGGAUUUCCGCAAGGAGAUGGCCAAGAAGAAACGGUCGUCGUGGAAGGGGGCAGGGGAGAUCGACACGGGCGUCAACUCCAUCCGAUUUGACGACUCUGAUUAACCCACAGACGGGCUGACAGACAGUUGUCACAGGCUGAGCUGAGCAAGUGUGCAAAUGGCUGACGGGGUUCAUGUCAUACGGCAGGCUAUGGGUGUCGUGAAGAGGUGCUGGUGUGAGAGAGAGAGGUGUAUAGAAAGGACGAGGAAGGAACUGAAGAGUGAGUUCAAGUCUGCAGCCGAGACCGCUCGUCUGAUGAACGAAUGCGUUGAAUGAUAC